CUCAGAUCAAGGCUUCUAUGAAAUCCUCUUUUAUGAUUUAGGAUUAUCCACCCGGUUGAUAAAAUUAUUUAUCUUCCCCUGCUUCAUAUAUAUGCAAAUCAGGAUGGACACAGCUCCCGGGCCUAGUGCCACCACCCCAAGCCCGGCGAACAAGGAUGGUGAGGGCCCACCCAGGAUGCGAUGGCCGACUGAUCCAUGGGAGAAGGACUUUCGACCGAGUCUGGCCAACAUGAGUAUGGAAGAGCUCCGUGCCGACAUUGACUACAACUUUGGGUCUGUUGUGAAGGUAUCGGACGAUGACCUGCGCUGGGCACAAAGCAAGGAACAUGCGGAGAGACUUCGGCCCUUUUAUCAGUGGAUGGCGCUGGAAAAGGAGCGUGGCCUGGAGAAAGAGAUUAACAAUUUUCCUAUCGGGUGCAAGAUAGCGGAGUAUCACGACCACGUUAUAAAUAUCCUCUCCCAGAAAGCCCCCGAUCUGGUGGACCGCUACAAAGCCUUGGCUCGCCUAAAUAAAGGAGAAGAUUUUUCAAUGAAGCGGCGAGUUAAGUUCUAACCCUGGACUUUUCCAGCCCUGUGCCCGAGCCAUACUUUCGGCCUAAUGUAGCUAAUUCAGCUUUUCUUAUAAGUAGCUCAAUAUCCCAUUCUCUCACUUCUGUAAUGAUCUUUUUCUGAAAUGGUGUGUUUAUUAUUAAAAUUCAAGAUCCAGGCACCCAUGAAAUCUCAUAUAUUUUAC